CGAUGGUUCGUAAUAAAUACACAUUAACCACCGCUGGCAAGUCGCCCAGUAAGAAAGCUCGCACCGGCAGCAUCAGCAAGCAACACGACGCCAGCGACGACGGCGAGACCGGCAAUCUGGACAGCGGAAACGGUAGCGGCAGUCCUGUAGGAGGCGGAACCGAUACGAGCGCCAAACGAUGUGACGGCAGUUCGGUGCAUAAGCAAAACCUUUACAUCAUUUCGUUUCCCGUUAUCUUUGUGUUUAACGUGCUGCGUUCGCUGCUGUAUCAGUUGUUUAUAGUUUUUCGCUACGUGUACAACUUCACCACCAAAGUCGUGUACAAACCAGUGAAGAAGGAGUGUGGGCUCGAAAUCGUGAUAAAUACCGAUCACGGGCAUCACCAUCAUCACCAUCACCGGCAUAGCAGUCACAGCAUCCACAGCACCACUUCGCAACAGCAGCAGCAUCUUCAGCAGCUUCAGCAGCAGCAGCAACAACACCAGUACAGCCUACUGCAGCAGGACCAGCAGCAGCAGCAACAAGGUGUAGCAGAUUCUACCCAGCAAACAGCAGCACACCCUUUACAGUCCUCGCAGAGUGGCAUACUGGUCCACGGUGAAGGCCGCGAAAUGUCGAUACAGCGAUCGGCAAGCGGGAGCCAGGUCGGUCCCGGAGAUCCUUUGUUGGCUAAGCAGAAACACCACCACCGGCGUGCUUUCGAAUACAUCUCAAAGGCUCUUAAAAUUGAUGAAGACAACGAAGAUCAAAAGGAGUUGGCCAUCGAACUGUACCGAAAAGGCAUUCUGGAGCUGGAGCGUGGCAUCGCCGUCGAGUGCUGGGGUGGCCGUGGAGAAGUGUGGGAACGUGCACAGCGUCUGCACGAUAAAAUGCAAACCAAUCUGUCGAUGGCACGCGACCGGUUGCAGUUUCUAGAACUUAUGCUGGAAGCCAAACGACUUGAGUUGAUCGAAAGCAAACAAAAUGAGCAAAAUCAUAAGCACCACUCUACUAUAAGGCGUCAGAACACGUUCACACUCGGUACCGAAGAUGACAGUGCCGUACACCACCACCAUAAUCCAUCCACCGUUACCACCGAACAUGGUGGAUCAUCAUCAGCGUUUGCGGCGUCGUCCUCGACGUCCUCGAAAGACGUUACCGGCCAACGAGAGCAGCAAACGUACGAACGAAAGUUUAAGCUGCCCAUGUUCAUUCCCUCUAGCCUCAACGUUGCUAGCAGCCGGAAAAGUCCCACCGUUCUUCGGGAAGGUCCUUAUCGGGAAGCAAAAUCAAAACUGUACAAUACCGAAAACAAGAUCGUAUCGUUUAAUGAAAAUUGUGCCACUUUUGGACCAUCAUCCGGCACUACGACGGUAACGUCAAAGGGGACGCCAAGGACAGCGUCGGCGGUUGAACCUUCUCCACAUGCAUUGACCACUAAACAGAACAACAACGAAGCAUCCGGGCGGAAAUUAACCGUCGGCUACAAGCGUCCCGGCAAUCUGGGGGUGAUGAAUAAAUCACAAACCCUCCCACGAAGCAUGGGCGGUACCCGUACGACACCGACCGGCACGGGAGUAGGUGGCAUUGCCGGCGGGCUGGGGAAUGGAGCAACCUACGGAAGCAGCACCGCUGGCGGUGGUGCAGGCAUGCCAAAAAUUGUGCCAAAACCGGCAGCAACACCCCCUGCCAUCAGACGGCAAUUUUCGAUUCCUGGAAGUUCGCCAGUACGCAAGGCAAGCAAUGGCUACGGUAGCAAGAAUACGCCACCACCACCACGCUCAAAAACUCCUCUCGCCGGUCAGCAGCAACCUCAGCCACAACAACCACAAAUUUCCGUCAAGGGCGUUGAACCGAAGCUAGUACAAAUCAUCAUGGACGAGAUUGUGGAGGGUGGUGCGAAGGUACAGUGGCAGGAUAUUGCGGGCCAGGAGGUAGCAAAACAGGCCCUCCAGGAGAUGGUGAUUUUACCGUCGGUACGGCCCGAACUUUUCACCGGACUGCGUACACCAGCCAAGGGUUUGCUCUUGUUCGGACCGCCGGGCAAUGGGAAAACGUUACUCGCACGUGCCGUAGCCACCGAAUGUUCCGCGACAUUCUUUAGCAUCUCGGCCGCAACGCUCACGAGCAAGUACGUAGGCGACGGGGAAAAGCUGGUCCGUGCAUUAUUUGCCGUGGCACGCGAACUACAGCCGUCGAUAAUUUUCAUCGACGAAGUCGACUCGGUACUGUCGGAGCGUAACAGCAACGAGCAUGAGGCAACGCGCCGACUUAAAACUGAAUUCUUGGUACAGUUCGACGGUCUGCCAGCUAACUCGGAGGUGGACAAAAUAGUAGUGAUGGCGGCGACCAAUCGACCCCAGGAGCUGGAUGAGGCAGCACUGCGUCGGUUUCCGAAGCGCGUGUACGUUACCCUGCCCGAUCGUGAUACCCGCGAGCUGUUGCUGAGACGAUUGCUGCAAAAGCAGGGCAGUCCGCUAAGUGAUUCGGAAUUGGCACAGUUGGCACUGCUGACGGAAGGAUACUCUGGAUCGGAUUUAACCGCACUGGCACGGGAUGCAGCACUGGAACCGAUUCGAGAGCUUAACGUGGAAGAGGUCAAAAAUAUGGAUCCUACCAAGCUGCGUAGCAUCCGGGAGAGUGAUUUUCACAACUCGCUCAAACGCAUACGGCGCUCUGUGGCGCCACAAAGUUUAGCGGCGUACGAGAAGUGGUUACAGGACUUUGGUGACGUUACACUGUAA